AUGGCCGACGUUGAAAUGAAGGCCGCUGACGGCAAGAAAGAGAAGAAGGAGGAGAAGCCAGCCGAAGAGGAGAAGAAGCCUGUGCCGCUCACGCCUGUGGCUGAAAUCAAGGCUAACGUCGUGCUCAUCGAGGGGGCGGUUUCGACGCUCGAACCUCGCUUCACGCACCGCGUCCUGAGGUCACUGGCCCAUCUCAGAAAGAAGCUGGAUGAGAAGGUUUUGAAGGAUGCAACUUUGGAAGUAUAUACCAACGAAUCUGCCUCCAAGACUGCUUUGCUGUCAUGGCUAUCACCCGGAACUACGGACCAUUCCAUGGACAUCGACCCUGCACCUACUGCCAAACAAUCCCAGCCUGAACCUGUCCCCGAGGUCGAAGUUUACUUCCGACUGCUCAUCAUCCACUAUCUUCUCACCUCAUCCGACAACUACGCAAAAGCCGCCAAGCUGGCCCACGAGACCGUGGAGAAGAUGCAGGCGUUGAACCGCCGAAGCAUGGACCCUAUCGCGGCGAAGGUGUGGUACGCGGUGGAACGCACAUAUGAGCUUGGUGGGGAGUUAGCAGACGCUCGUCCUAUGUUCCUUGCGGCACAACGGACAGCUGCCCUGCGUCACGAUGACGAAACGGAGGCGUCCCUCAUCAACAGGAUCUUGCGGAGCUACUUGCAGUACAGCCUGUACGACCAAGCGGACAAGCUCGUGUCAAAGACAUCGUUCCCGGCAGCUGCUGGCAACCCACAGCACGCGCGGUACCAUUACUACCUCGGGCGCAUCAAAGCGGUCCAGCUCAACUACACGGCAGCGCAUACAAACCUUCAGCAGGCCAUUCGUCGGGCCUCACCGGCCAAGACUGCGCCUGGUUUCUUCCAGGCCGUCCACAAGCUGUCCAUCGUGGUGGAACUCCUCAUGGGCGACAUUCCAGAACGUAGUUUGUUCCGACACCCCGUUCUAGUGAAGGCUCUGGCUGGGUAUUUUGAGAUCGUGAAAGCGGUCCGCAAUGGAUCCCUUUCGCAAUUCCAAGCCACUCUCUCGCGAUACGCGGCUCAGUUCGAAUCAGACAAGACUUACACACUCAUCGUCCGCCUGCGUCAGAACGUCAUCAAGACCGGUAUACGCCGACUCUCGCUGUCGUACUCGCGCAUUUCGCUCAGGGACAUCUGCGUCAAGCUCCACCUCGACUCGGAAGAGGACGCGGAAUACAUUGUGGGCAAGGCCAUCCGCGACGGCGUCAUCGAAGGCCGCAUUGUCCACGAGAAGGGGUGGAUGGAGUGCGGUGGGCAGAAGAGCGGAUAUGGCCCUGAGGUGUCGGACGUGUUUUCUCGCCGCAUCGCCUACUGCUUGGAGUUGCACAAUCAGAGUGUCAAGGCCAUGCGAUACCCACUCAACGCUCAUCGCAAGGAGCUCGCCGCCGCGGAAGGCGCACGCGAGCGCGAGAAGGAGUUGGCGAAGGAGAUCCAGGAGGGCGGCGACUUGGACGACGAUGGCCCGGAUCUGGGCGACGGGUUCUGA